ACUUUCAGUUUUGAUAUCAGGAAGUUGGAGUGAAGAAUAAAACAUUGAUGUUGCUAUUUUAUCCGAUAUUGUGAACUGGACAUAUAAACCAUUGCUUGCGACAUAAAGAGACCAUGGAUGGCACAGAUGGUGGUGAGAUACCAGAUCUUGCAGCCAGUUUACACAUAUUCUCAGAUGACCUAGCAUUGGAAUCCACUACAUGUCUACCAGGGGAGGCCAGAGGAGAGAGGUUAAAUGGUGUGAUGGCGACUACAGAGAACAUGGGUGUGGAUGAGGAGGAGAGCCUGUUGAAAUACUCCACCACCCUCACGAAUAGGCAGCGUGGGAAUGAGGUCACAGUCAGACCAGCUACUUUAGACAUUCUGUCCAUCCACCAGUUAGCUGCCCAGGGGGAGGUCUUACAGGUGGCCACACACCUGAGCAAAGACAGCUCAUUAUUAAACCGCCAGGAUGAACGGGGCUUAACUCCUCUCAUGUGGGCAGCAGCGUUUGGAGAGAAAGCCAUGGUGGAUUUCCUCCUGGAAAACGGGGCAGAUCCUAGUACGAUAGCAUGGGAACGGGAGAGUGCCUUGACCCUGGCGAGCUCAGGAGGCUAUGCAGUCAUAGUGAAACGUCUUCUUGAACAUGGAGUAGAUAUCAAUGCUUAUGACUGGAAUGGUGGUACUCCUCUCCUUUACGCUGUUAGAGGGAACCAUGUAAGGUGUGCUGAGGCCCUCUUAGAUAAAGGUGCAGACAUGAACAUUGAGGCCGAUUCUGGGUAUAGUCCAAUGGCCUUAGCUGUUGCCCUCGGACACAAACAAGUCCAAAAGGUGUUAGAGGACCAUAUUCUGAAACUCCUGAAGAAAAAAGCAUGACACCAGCUAAGGGCACCAGGAUGUGGUUAGAGAGGACAUUGUGCUGAACAGAGGAUCACCUGCUGGCAUCAGUGGUAAGGUGGUUGACCAAAACACUGAAGCCACAAAAGGCGGUUGGUAGCGAAGACUCUUGGUACGGAAGCUCCAACGUUAAGGGACACUGUGGUUCCUAUCUUGUACAUUUAUUCAACAUGUUUUUUAUAUUAUGGAAAUGCUUAUAUUUCUUUUUUGGGGGGGACAAACUAUCUUUAAAUAUAUAUUUAAAAAAUUGGAGGUAUAGCACCAAUGGAUAUUAAACAAAUGUUCAAAAACAUAAUGCAUACACAUUUUACGAUGUUCAUUUGGAAUGGGAAAUCAAAUGCAAGGCACAAGCAUUUGAAUAUGCAGGUGGUUGCGUGACCUUAAAGCCUGGAAAGCUGCAAUAAAAUCCAGAUUCUUUGUCUGAGAC